AUGGAGAAGUGUACAGAAUCUCCACCUAACUUAAAUGCAGAGACUUCCUUUUGGAGAGGGAGCAAUCUGAGUCUGCAGCCACAAGUGCAACAGCCAACUGAUGAUAAGCCUCCUUUAACAGGGCAAGUUGUACCUGCCCCGAAUACCCCAGUGAUGUCUGGGCCUUACUCAGGUGACCAUCUCCCUCAGUUUCAUGGUAACCCAGCCAGUGCCACAGGUUUUUUUGCUCAGGUGACCACCUAUUUGACCUCUCUGGAUAUUUCUAAUCCUGCAGAUGAUGCCCGAGUCAAGCACUUUUUUGACUACCUGUCGCAGCAGAUGCAAAAUUGUGAUGUCAUAUCUGAGUCUACUCAGAGUAAUCUAUUGAAACAAUAUGAGAACUUUGUCCUUGAAUUACAGCAGUCAUUUGGUGAGCCUAUGACGCAAGAAACGACACCUCCAAUGAAUGUUACAGUUGACAAAAGCGACAUCUCUCCACAGGAUGCUACUGCUUUCCAAGUUCAUGCUCCAAAUUUAAGUUAUAGUGAGACCAAUCAGAGAGAUCAGUUCCCAAAAGAACAAGCUGACCACACUCAGGAUGAAGAAAUCACAGAUAUAAUGGACAACCUCCCAGAUUUGAUCACACAAUGUAUUCAGCUAGACAAAAAACACAAAGACAGGCCAGAGCUCCUACAGUCAGAAAGUCAUGCUCCAAUGUUUGCUUCCACAAAUCAUUACCAGUCCUUUCUCAGCCCUACACGUCCACUACCAAAGGAUGGACCUAAACAAUUGCAGGGAGCCCACCUGCCUGUCACUCCGGCCAAACGAGCCCGCCAGCAAGAAACUCAGUUAUGUCUCUACUGUAACCAGGCUGGUCAUUUCACAAGAGAUUGCCUUGCUAAACGUUCUAGAACUCCAGCAAGGAAAAAAAUGUAG